ACCUGUUCAAAUAAGGGCAUGAAGCCAUGCAGAGGGUUUGACCAUCACCAGCCUGCCCUCUAUAAAGGUGUCUUCUCCUUGUAGCUGCAUCCACUGCAGCAGCAUCUCGUCCUGAACAGAGCCUCCAGCAUCACUCAGACCUUUCUCCACCACUGCAGACACUUUAAACUUUUAGACAAACAGCUCCUGAAAGAGCGGAGCUGAUAAUCUGGUGAAUGACGAUGGCUGGUCCUUACUGGGUUUCUGUAGCCGUCGUUGUUUUGAUGAUCGUUACAAACGGUGAGACUGUUAUUGACCCAAACCAGCUUGCACCAAUUGUUCAAGAAAUUCUCAACAAGUACACACCAAGCUACAAGGGUGAAAACAACAUCAUAAGGUUUCCCAUGUUCAGUGUGGCUGUGAGCGUCCCGUACAAUGAAGGCAAGUUUGAUAUGAGCAAAGUCACUGAUUCUGGUGAAGCUGUGAGGAAGAAGAUUCUAAACUGUGACGUAUACCAAAGUGACAGAGUGGUGGCAGCCACAGUGCUGAAAUGGCCCAAUGUUCUCUAUCAGUGUCCUGAUGGAGAUGUACACUGGCCUGAGAUUUGGAAGAGAUGUCGUGGAAAGGGAAGAAAGACAUGGGCUGUUGUUCGAGACAAAUGUCCUGAAAAUGAAAUUGGGAUGGGUGAGGCUGAUCAUGCAGAGUUCCGAACCCUGCAGCAUUUUGAACUUUUACUCGCAACGAUCACAAAAUCCAAAACUGAUCUGAUGGUUUUCUAUGUCCGUGACUCCCCAUGUGAUCGAACAUGUACCAACCCAGGCAACGAUCGGAGAAUUCUCGAAAGUAUAAAACAGAUAAAGAAAUGGAAGAACAAUUAUGUUGUUGUGUUUUCAAAUAUAUUUAGACCUGAUAAUAAUAAUAAUAAUCGUGAGAAUGAACUGCGUGAAUCACUUGAGAGGCUUGGGGGUGCAAUCGCAGAUCAAGGGUCAAAGGUCAAAGAUAAAAGUUCAAAUGGUCUUCAGAACAUAUUCCGAUGCUACGGGCAGCCACAAAUGAAGUGCAUUAGCUGCAAUACCAAUGGUGCUGUUGCACAUAAAUGUGUUGCAGAUGGUUAGCAACCUGACAGCAAACUAUUUGAACAGUGUGUGUGGAGUGAGUGUAAUCCAUUUAUAGCCUCUGAUACUGUUUCUGAUUAAAGCUUAAUAAACUGCAUUAAAACAUGUCA